UCUAUCUUUCUACAUUAAAUCUUAAGCAUGUCUCUUUUGUUAGCUACAAGGGCAUUACAAUAAGCCUUAUCACAUGGUGCAACCUCCCACUCUCAUAGCCUGGGAAUUUCGUGUUCCUCUCAGCAACUGCGAUGCUUGGUCACGGCUGUGUGACGCUGCGUUUCGGCGUGAGGCACAAAUCGAGCGGCGGAAGAAGGCCGAAGAAGAAAACUUACCACAGAGUGAGCGAACUAGACCGAGUGAUGGAGCUUCGCAAGAAGCCUUCGAUGAUUCUCCACCUCGCCUCCCUCCUCCAAUCCCAUUCCCUCUUCCUCCGCGACCUCGAGAAGAACGUCGGCUUCGUCCGCAAAUGGGCCUUCAUGGGCCUCAUCCAGAAGCACCCCUCUGUCUUCCGCGUCACCGGGACCCCCCCUUCCGUCUCCCUCACGCCCCGGGCCCACCGCCUGGCCCACCAGGAGGCCUGCGCCCGUGCCUCCAUGGAACCCCUCUUGGUUACUAACUUGCGCAAGCUGCUCAUGCUCUGCGUCGAUUGCAGGCUGCCACUCCACACGGUUGAGCUUAUUGGGCCUGAGUUGGGCCUGCCCCAGGAUUUUAACCACUGCUUGAUCGCCAAGUACCCUCAGUUUUUCGCUGUUAGGCGUUUCGGAAGAAGGGAUUGUCUCGUCUUGGAGGAUUGGGAUUCCACUUUGGCUGUCACUGCAAGAGAGACUAGGUUGGCACAGGAAGGAGUUGUGAAGCUGAAGACAGAUGGGGAUCAGAAGAAGGUGAAGAUUUCAAGAGAUGGGAACUAUGUUGGUCCAUUUGCAUUCAAAAUGAAUUUUCCUUCUGGUUUUAGGCCAAAUGUUGGUUUCCUUGAGCAGCUUGAGAGGUGGCAGAAGUUGGAGUUUCCUUCACCUUAUUUGAAUGCGAGGAGGUUUAAUGCUACUGAUCCAAAAGCUCGAAAACGGGUCGUGGCAGUGAUUCAUGAGCUCCUCAGCUUGACUAUGGAGAAGAGGAUGACAUCUGCACAGUUGGAUGCAUUUCAUGCAGAGUGUCUUUUGCCAUCUCAAUUGUUGCUUUGCUUGAUAAAGCAUCAAGGGAUAUUUUACCUCACUAACAAAGGUGUAAGGAGUACUGUCUUCCUCAAAGAUGCAUACCUUGGUUCCAACUUGGUAGAUAAGUGUCCUUUGUUGCAAUUUUAUGAUAAGUUUAUGGCACUCUGUGGUAGAGGAAAUAUUGAUAUGUGUGACAACAAGAAUUCUUUACCCACAGUUGUUUAGAAGUUGAAUUUGAUUGGUUUUUCAGUGAUGUGUGGGUACUGCAUCCCUUCCUAAUUGGGAAAGGAUGAGAAGUUAAACAUGGAAGUGUAUGCAGUUGUAAGGAUAUAAUUUUAUACUUGAAGAAAAAUCAUGGAAGUACAUAAUCAACUGAUACUUUGACAUCAAUUUUUUCUUUUUUUUUGGUUUGGGAAUACUGGUUACAACCAGAAAGGCUAUGAUCAAAAGUGAUAAUUGACUUCAUCAAAUUAGAUUAUUUUCAUUGUUCACCUCAUGCAGGCGAUUGAAAUGAUUCGGAAAAGUUUUAUCAUGUGAAAUUCAGACACUCUUGGUUCUUGGCACGUGUAGUUGUCAAUUUGCAGUCAGGUGUAACAUGUCACUAUGUGAGCAAAAUAAUAAAAAGGGAUAUCCAAUUAUUGAAUUGGAGGAUGGAAAGUUAGUUGUAAGGAAUGGUCACAUGGAGGCAGAUUCGGGAAUUAUGGACCAGAGGAAAAGCAUGAGACCUAGGAGAAAGAAUAUUUUAUUGGAAAACUUUGUGGAGUGAGAUCAUUAUGCGUGUGAUAUGCUUCUCUCUGAUAAUUCUCCCUUAUGUGCUCUUGCUUCUUUUCUGCAUUCUGAUCCGAUUUCUCCUUGUAUUGAUUCAGGUUCUGAGUAGACUUCUAUAAGGAAUCAUUCUUUUGCUACUAUUUGCUGUCA